UCUAUGUAGUUAGUAUUAUACUACUACGAUAUGUAAUCACUGAAAAUGUUUUUUUUUCUCUCUUGUUUUUUACAUAUUGCGUGUACAAUGUUUGGAGCUUGAAAGAAACUAGUACUAUACUGUUAUGUAUAUGUAUACAUAUACGUAUACGUAUAUUAUAAUAAAUAUCAAUUGUUGAUGACGAUGACUCUAGUGUGUCAACUCAUGACUUUAAUGGAUAAUAAUAAAUGAUUAAUGGAAAAUUUGUCAAGAGGAGACGAUUUUUGUAAAAGUUGGUGGAUACGUAUAACAAAAAUCAAAAAAAGAGGAAGAAUUGUGAUUGAUUAAUGUCUUGUGAAUUUUUGAGAAUAAUCAAAGUAAAAGUAUUGAUCGAUGGGAGUUUGAAUAUUUUAACGAUUGUCGAGUAAGGAAAUAUAUGGAUAUGGAGUCAUCAUUCAGCAGAGGGAUUAGUAAAGAGAAGAGACUGAUUGAGUUGUUGAGAUUGAGGGAAACUCAUGAAUCACUGGCAAGAACUGUACGUCGUAAACUUCACGUGACAGACAAUUUAAUUUCACGAUUGGGUCUGGAGAAGGAAUUAGAGGGACACAAGGGAUGUGUAAAUUGUUUAGAAUGGAAUAAAACUGGAGAGAUGCUUGCUUCGGCAUCGGACGAUAUGCAUCUCAUCCUUUGGGAUCCUUUUCGUUAUCACAAGAAAUUAGUUGUUCAUACGGGUCAUAAUGGAAAUAUCUUCUCAGUAAAGUUUAUGCCUGAAUCGAAUGACUCGAUAUUAGUGACUGGUGCUGGUGAUAAUGGAGUGAGAGUUCACGACGUUUCGAUAUCCAAUACGAUAUUUAUUUGUACCUGUCACACUGGCCGUGUCAAACGAAUAGCUACCUUGGAGAAUGUGCCUUCGGUAUUUUGGAGUGCUGCGGAGGACGGUCUUAUCCUCCAGUAUGACAUGAGAACCAAACACAAUUGUAAAUCGAGUGAUCAUAGAAGUGUACUAAUUAAUUUAGUCAAUCAUGCCGGUAGAAAAGCAGAAGCCAAAUGUAUGGCUGUUAACCCAAGGAGGCCUGAGAUUAUUGCCGUUGGUGCUAAUGAUCCUUAUGUGAGAAUGUAUGACAGGAGGAUGAUUAAAUUGGGGCAGAUGCCAAUGGAUCUCUCUGGACAAAAUGAUUUAUCACGAUUAAAUCACAAUACAGCUGGCAAAGGAGAUCCAGAUGGCAAUGUAUCUCUCGGCUGUGCCCAAUAUUUUGUCGCCGGUCACUUGAGGUCACCUCAGAUGGGAUAUAGUGAACGAAAUUUUGCUACAACCUACUUGACAUUCUCUGAUGAUGGCAAUGAGUUGCUUGUAAAUAUGGGAGGCGAACAGAUUUAUCUCUUCGAUAUUGAUAGGCAUAGAAACUCGACAAGUUAUCAAAUACCUCUGGAAUCGUCAGACUGUGAAGAGAAUGAUGAGGAAAUUACGAGAUUGGCUUAUGGAGUCGAUAGAGCUGACCCAGAGGUUCAUCUUAUGCUAUUAAAUACCUCUGAAUUAUCAGACGAUGUUGAAAAAUUAAAGCAGGAGGCAAAUUGUGCAUUUCAAAAUGCGCAAUACACGUAUGCUGUGAAUUUAUACAACAAAGCCAUUGAAAUCUGUCCAACGGCAGCGGUUUUGCAUGCGAAUAGGGCUGCAACGUAUAUGAAAAGAAGAUGGGAUGGUGAUAUUUAUGCAGCCCUCAGAGACUGCCAGACAACUCUGCUCUUGGAUCCUGAUCACGUCAAGGCGCACUUUAGACUGGCUCGAUGUCUUAAUGAUCUACAUCGUCCAACAGAAGCCUAUAAAGUUAUCCAAGAUUUUCAGGAAAAAUAUCCAGAAUAUAACUCAAAUGUCGCUCAUAAAGCGCUAAAAAAGGACAUCAAAGACGCCAUCAGCUCCGAAUCAGAUAAUGGAACAACUAUCAACAAUUCCUACUUAACACAAGUGUCAUCAUAUGAACAAGAAUGGAGGCGUCGAGCAAUCGAUUAUAAACAAAGAUUCUGCGGUCACUGCAAUACCACAACGGAUAUAAAAGAAGCCAAUUUUUUCGGAAGUAAUGGUCAGUUAAUAGUGGCUGGUUCUGAUGACGGUUCCUUCUUCAUCUGGGAUCGUGUAACGACCAAUAUUGUUAGGGUUCUACGGGGAGAUGAGAGGAUUGUCAAUUGUCUUCAACCCCAUCCAUCAUUGUGUCUUUUAGCAACUAGUGGAAUUGAUCCUGUUAUAAGGCUGUGGAGUCCAUUACCCGAGGACGGAAUUGUAAAUGAUCGAGUAAUUCAAAAGAUGUACGAAGCAGCUUCAGCGAAUCAAGUCCGCAUGAACAGUGAUCCAUUCGAACUGAUGAUAAUGAGUAUGGGAUAUCGUUUUCCCAACCAAUCAGGAAUGAAUUCUAGUGAUGAACAAAAUGAUUCAUCCCCCCUUCAUCACCCACCGAGUUGUCGAACAAGCUAGGCCAGCCCGCGCUAGUACCUAUGCUCAAUCAUCCUCACCGAGCAUAAAAAUCAGUAUGUAACAACAAUCUGUGAAAGAAGUUGAAAUUGUUGAGGCUCCUUGAUUAAUUAUCGAUGUUAAUUAAUAUUUAUAUAUCGAUAUACAGCGAACAUAAAAUUCGUUUCUACCGCAUUUUGCUUUAGUGAAUAAAUUAUAUAUUUCUUGAAAACACGUGAGAUUAGACGAAAAGGAAAAAAAAAACAUAAAUAAUAAUAACAAUAAUA